UUUAUUAUUUAUGUGGCUAUCAUUAAUUAGAAACUUAGAUAUUUAAAUACAAGGCAGGGGGCAACUGUUUGUUCUUAGAUUCUAACAAAAUCAUUCUAACCUUUCUUCUUCUGUUUAGUUUCAUGGCAUUUUCUGCUAUAUCAAUCAACACUACUCACAACCAUCACCACAGUUCUUUGUUCUUUGCACCAAAACACCAACAUCAUCGCAAUAACACAAAAAUCCAUAGGUUUCAAAUUCAAUGCAAUGGAACAAACCAAAAUCAAGAGUCACAACCACAGACCAAUGCAUUUCUUAAGGUUGCAUGGUAUAGUUCUGAGCUUCUAGGCAUUGCUGCUUCUGCUUUCCGUUCUCCAUCUGAUGAAGAAGAAGCUUCUCCUCCUCAGAGACUUCUUCAAACCAUUGAUCGUGCUUCUGUUGUGGACACAAUCAAACAAGACUUCCAAAGAUCUUAUUUUGUCACAGGAGAUCUCACAUUGAAUGCAUAUGAAGAGGAUUGUGAAUUUGCGGAUCCAGCAGGAUCUUUUAAAGGACUUCAGCGUUUCAAAAGGAACUGCACUAAUUUUGGAUCACUUCUGGAGAAGUCAACUAUGAAUCUUAUGAAGUGGGAAGAUUUUGAGGAUAAAGGAAUUGGUCACUGGCGAUUCAGCUGUAUCUUGUCCUUUCCUUGGAGACCUAUUCUUUCUGCAACUGGGUACACAGAAUAUUAUUUUGAUACACAAUCAGGAAAAGUAUACAGGCAUGUGGAGCAUUGGAAUGUUCCAAAAAUGGCUUUGUUCAAGCAAAUUCUAAGGCCUAGCAAGGGAUUUAGCUUAAAAGAUUAUGUGACUAGGUGGUUGAAGUUGUCCAGGUGAAUAGGUAAAUUAUAAAGAAUGUGACAAUGUCAAUAUUUCAUUAUACACAUGUAAGUUUGUGAUAUUGGUAUGUCCUAAUUAUAGAAGUCUAUGGUAGGAGCUUAUGUACUAGGAAUAUCCUGUAUAUAUAUGGUUUACCAGAUUAAUUAGGUCUGUGAAUGUGGUUUUGUUACCAGAAAAAAUAACAGAGAAAAGGAGAUAAUGUUUUUAUUGCUUAAACUGAAGUUUAUUUCUUGUGCACAUAAAGUGAAGUUUGCUUAAUUA